CUUUUUUUACAAUUUCACUUGACAAUAAUGUCAAAGUCAAGUCAUUUUGGUUGUGGAAAUUCUAAAUGGGCAGUAUUCAAAGGGAGCUCGAAGGGAGUUGAUCAUAGGUUCGCCCAGCGAAUUAAAAAUAAUAAUAAAAAUCGUUAAAAAAAAACGCGACAUAUAAACUUGGAGUUGAAGUGAAAUAAAUCAAAAACAAAUAUGGCGUGAAGCUGUGAUGAGGAGAGGAUUCCUUAAAAAGGACUUUGUUGAUUAGCUAAGUAGUAACUAAAAUUGAGUAGUUUGCUUAGUAGAAUACAUUGGGAUGUGUAGUGGUUUCCGACACAGACUUUACCACAAUAUUUCAGCGUGUAAAAUAAAUAAUUGCCAAAAAAAAAAUGAUUAAAAAGUUAAAAAAAAAAAAAAAAAAAACAUAGGAUGUGUCUUCCUCUGGUAGGCAUGCCAUCGCCGAUUUAACCUUCAAAAAACAAAUUAGGCGCGUUUCAGUUGCUUUCAAUAAGUUUAAAAAUCCGAUUGGCGGGAGUCGAGUUACGAUUUGAUAUCGCCAAUCGAACCUGUGCCAUCUCUAGUGACAGAAUGUGGCAGUUUAAAAACAAAAAGUCAACUGAAAUGAAAUCGUCUAACAACGAAAUGCACGCCACAGACGAGGACUUUCGAAAAAAGACCUUGUCGUGGCGUUCCUUAGCCGCUAUAUCCUUGGAAAGCACGGGUCGGGAGCUGGGCGACGGAGUGUCCCGGUGGCUGUCGCUCAACCUCGAGGAGGAAAUUAGGAACAUGCUAAACGAGGCGGGCAAAUUCAUGCGGCGCAACCGGAAUGACCGGUUGUGUCUGUCGCACAUCCAGCAAGCUGUCCGGAUGGACGAAAACCUUCCCAAGGAUGUGUUCUUCAGGCUGGUCCUGCACGAAGACUGCUUUAGGUCGCCUGCAGGAAAGCUGAACCGCACGGCGGGCGGAGCGCUUACCACGGAUCCUGGGCCUGUGCAGCUAGUUUCUUGCCAGGAAUCCGAGCCGCAGAUUCCUCUGGAGCCGCUGGCUACCUCCCUCCCAUCGGGUUGGCUGAAGCUGGAGCAGGUACUGCUGAAGCCCGUCAAACGCUAUCCUCUGACCAAGGAGCAGCAGUGCUUUUACGAGCUGAUCACCGAGGCCUGCGUGGGAUCCUCGGAGCCACGGCGCCAGCGAGCGCUCCAAACUCUCUCCACGGAUCCCUCGCUGAAGGUGCUGCUACCCACGUUAAGCGAGUUCAUCGCGGACGCAGUGGGCGUCAACGUGACCCAGCAGAACGUGUCACUGCUCCUCUACUUGAUGCGCAUGGUCAGAGCCCUUUUGGGAAACUCCACCUUGAGUUUGUUACAAUACCUCCACCUCAUCCUGCCGGCUGUUCUUUCGUGCCUGCUGACUAAACAGGCCUGCCCAACCGCUGGCUCAGAUGAUCACUGGGCCUUGAGGGAGUACUCCGGCAACGUGAUGGCCCAGAUCGUGCGCCACUUUGAGGCCUCCGACAACAGCAUCAUGCCCAGAGUUAUUGGGACCUACAAGAAGGCUCUUCGCAUGGAGCCACUGACGACGGUGUAUGGAGCAGUGAUCGGCUUGGGAAAGCUGGGCAAUCACGCGGUGCGCUCUUGCAUUGUACCUCAAAUGGCGUACCUAUAUGGACGCAUCGAGCCUCACCUGACUGCCAGUAAUGGGUGCUCCAGCUCCAGCGUGGACAAGAAGGCCGCUAAGUACAUUCGCCACCGUGUGCUGAAAAUGUGCACUUCGGUGCUGAAAAGGAUUCACCAAGCGCCGGAUCUCCCGGAGCAGUAUACCCAAGCGUAUGGACUUUUGGGUCCGCCGUUGUGCUACUCCGUCAUCGUAGCACGCAUCCAGGGGGAAGCGGUAGCAGCAGCCAAGGCGGAGUCGGAAGCGGCGUCCAGGAUAGACAAAGCCAUAACCACUCCCGAACAGCUCAAGCUCUCAAGAAUUGCAGGAUCUUUAUGCGUCGGCUCAAAAGCUCAAAUCUCUACCAAUCAAUUUCCCAGCAAUGGUAUUCGUCGCAUCAACGAUUUACCUGGUAUAUCUGGUUCUCCCAUUAUUCCCAUGAAUGGACUUAACGUCAAGGUCCCACCACGGUUAUCACACAAUCUAAUGGCUCCGGUAAAAAAUCAGGCGAUCACUGCAAAGCUCGUGGUUCAACGGGCUCAGCCGCCUCGAUUCAGAAACUCUUCAGUCCCGCCGGCAAUCAAACGUUCCUUCUCGCCAGCCAACAAUGCAAUACUCUUGAAGUCAAACAAGCAGUGCGCUUUUCCCGUUAUCAACAAUGGAUUUAUUCCUUCAGCAUGCAAUAAUGGCAGAAAGCCCAUUACCUAUUUACUUAAAUAGCGUUUGAUUACGAACUUAAUAUUAAUUGCAAUACUAAAGCUCUUGUGAUUUCACUUUUGGAAAGUUGAAUAAACCUUAGAG